AAGACAGAAGCUUGUAAGAAAAAAAAAUCCAAAAUAAUGGAGGAUAAGUGUGGAGAGCCAUUGGAUAUUGCAGAUGAAAGAGAGAGAAAGGGGCAUGAGAAUCCCAUUGCUCAGAAGAAAGAGAGAGAACACCCAAAAAGAAAAGCUUUAAAAUAAUAGUAUUAUUUCAAUUACUGGUUUCCUUUACAUUGAAUCCAUGUUCCCUUGAUCUAAGAAGCUCAAAUCUCAAUCUCAUCUCUCACCCCAAAGAAGAAAAACAGAAGAAGAAUAAGGAGGAUUGUCUUUUGAGUUCGUAAAGCCGCGCGUGUUGUACAAAGUCGCCUUAUUUGUCUUCCUUUCGUUGUUUGUCGUGUGAGACAACAGGACGGAGCAAAUGUCUGAGGACGACGAGAGGCAGCAAUCUCCGCCGUCGGAUCUUGAGUUCGUUUCCAACAAGGCGCGGAACUGUAACGCCACGGGAUCUGGCUCGGGUCACCCGGAGUUCCAGUCGACGUAUCCGGACCAGGUUCUGGAGAACGUGUUGGAGAACGUGCUCCACUUCCUGACCUCGAGGCGGGACCGGAACGCUGCUUCAUUGGUUUGCAAGUCAUGGUAUCGGGUCGAGGCACUGACUCGAUCCGAGCUGUUCAUCGGAAACUGCUACGCGGUUUCGCCGGGUCGGGCCACGGCCAGGUUCACCCGGGUGAAGGCUCUUCACCUGAAAGGAAAACCCAGGUUCGCGGACUUUAACCUGAUGCCGCCCGAUUGGGGAGCGCACUUCAAUCCCUGGGCGCUGGCGAUGGCCAAGGCUUACCCUUGGCUGGAAAAAGUUCAUCUAAAGCGCAUGUCCGUCACGGAUGAUGAUCUGGCAACACUUGCCGAGUUGUUUUUAGGGUUUAAGGAACUUGUUCUCGUUUGCUGCGAUGGGUUUGGAACUAGUGGCCUUGCUAUUUUCGUUAGCAAGUGCAGACAGCUUAAGGUGCUUGAUCUGAUUGAAUCCGAGGUUUCAGAUGAUGAGACGGAUUGGAUUUCUUGUUUUCCCGAGGGUGAAUCAAAUCUCGAGUCCUUGAUAUUUGAUUGUGUGGAAUGCCAUAUAAAUUUCGAGGCAUUGGACAGGCUGGUGGCUAGGUCUCCUUCACUUAAGAAGCUUAAAUUAAAUCGAUAUGUUUCAAUUGGGCAGUUAUAUCGCCUGAUGGUUCGAGCACCACAGCUCACACACCUUGGGACAGGGUCCUUUAGCCCAUCGGAUAUUGCAGGACAAGGUGAUCAGGAACCAGAUUAUGUAGCCGCUUUUGCUGCCUGCAGAUCCUUAGUUUGUCUCUCUGGGUUCAGGGAAAUAAUUCCAGAUUAUCUGCCUGCAAUAUACCCUGUUUGCGCAAAUCUGACAUCUCUGAAUUUCAGCUAUGCUAACAUUACUGCGGAUCAGCUUAAGCCAAUUAUAAGCAAGUGCCACAAGCUCCAGACUUUCUGGGUUCUUGAUUCAAUUUGUGAUGAAGGACUUCAAGCAGUCGCUGCAACAUGCAAGGACUUACGCGAGCUUCGUGUUUUCCCUGUUGAUCCUCGGGAGGAUAAUGAUGGCCCAGUUUCUGAAGUGGGACUCCAAGCUAUAUCUGAGGGUUGUCGGAAAUUGCAAUCUAUUCUGUACUUUUGCCAGCGGAUGACUAAUGCAGCCGUCAUAGCAAUGUCCAAGAAUUGUCCAGAUCUUGUUGUUUUUCGGUUAUGCAUAAUGGGGCGCCACAGGCCUGAUCCUGUGACCGGUGAACCCAUGGAUGAUGGGUUUGGAGCCAUUGUUAUGAAUUGUAAGAAACUCACUCGCCUUGCCGUAUCUGGUUUACUGACAGACAAAGCUUUUGACUACAUUGGUCGACAUGGGAAAUUGGUACGCACCUUGUCAGUGGCUUUUGCUGGAGAUAGUGACAUGGCGCUGAAAUAUGUGCUUGAGGGCUGUCCACAGUUGCAGAAGCUUGAGAUUAGAGAUAGCCCAUUUGGGGAUGCGGCUCUGCGUUCUGGUUUGCAUCACUACUACAACAUGAGGUUCCUUUGGAUGUCCUCAUGCAGGCUAACGCGCCAUGGUUGCCAGGAGAUUGCUCGUGCUAUGCCUCACCUAGUAGUUGAAGUGAUUAGGUCUGCUGAUGAGGAGGAGAUGGAUGAUGUUGUUGGAACAUUAUACAUGUAUCGGUCUCUUGAAGGGCCAAGAACUGAUGCACCAAAAUUCGUCACCAUCUUGUAGGUAAAUGUGGUGCAGGAAGCUGUUUCAAUUGUUCUCAUGAUAGAUACAAAGCAAGUUUUAAACUGUUUCACGGGGAAUAUUGAUACGGCAGGCAUCUUUUAUAUAACUUCCGUGUUAAGGUUCCAGCAAUCCAAACCAAGCAAAAGUUGAGUAAAUAACUUGUGCUUCGGGCUUGGGCUGUUAUAUUGGCAUUGAAAUCAGAUCCCCUGUGACGGAGAAGGUUCAUUUUUGCAUGGGUUCUUUUGAAGGACUUUGGAUGAGGGGACUAGUGCAGGAAAAGGGAUGUCGUUGUAAGUUAUCGGACCAUUAGAUGUUCUAGCAGUACUCAUUUAAAUUUUAUGUUUCCUUUUUUGUUUUCGUAUUCAUUUGAUCAUAAUUGAACGGAGGAGGGGGGUAAUCGAACUAUACGGUGGGGCAAUGAUACAUGUUUUUCGGGGCCAAAUAGCUUUUAACCUUUGAUGUAGAGAUCAGACGGUUGUCAAUGAAUCAGAGUUUUAAAGGAGAGAUGAAGAUGGAUGGAUCUAUUUUUCCAUGCUUGCAGAUUAAGAAGCAUUUAUCCACUCUGUAAAACAUAGUCUGCUGUAAUUUAAGCUUAUAGGCUAAAGGUUUAGUGAAAGACAUAAAAUCCCAGGCUUGCACUUCUCUUUUCUUUCUUUUUCACCUUGUUUCAGAUUUGUUGUGGCAGCACCCGACUGUUGAAUUUAUUAUAUUGUUGUGGUUAGCAAUGUGAGAAAGGGUAUUAUGUAUGGACCAUAAACUUCAGCUAGACUGUUUUUUUUUUCUUUUCGUUUUAUUUAUUAUAAUAUAAUCCCUACUUUUCUCCC